UCAGAUUUUGUAAGUUUGUCCCAAAAUACAAUUGUUUCAUUUCAAAUUGAAAUUUUGUGAUACGUAUUUUAUAAGUCGCAUAUGCCCGGGACUUUCCCUGCCGGCGAUCUCUGUUUCGGGUUUGCUGCUUCCGCUGCCAUUGGCGCCGGUGCAACAUGUGUUUGUUUGCGUGUGGGUGACCAUUUUCGUAUGUGUGCGUGCGUUCAUUCACAAAAUUUGGGAGGUGCGUACACUUGCCGCUUGAAAAUUUUAAUUUAGUUGCAUUUCGGCGGUGUUGCAUCAUGUUUGUUUUUCGGAGUGUGUCUAAACGUAUAUCUAGUAAAAAUUAUUUUCUUAAAUAAAAGCUUCAAUUAAUAUGUUAUUGUGCAAAAAGUUAUAAUUUGAAAUAAAAAUUAACAAUAUUUAUAACGGUCCGUUGGAGUUAUUGACAAAAGAUCGAUAAUCGGAACUAGUAAAUUAUCGAAAUUAAAACUGCAGGAUUUUAAUGUAAACCUUAUUAAAUAUCGAGAUAAUAUUCAAAGUGUAUAGUUAAAUUAAGUGUGCCGAAUUGUUUUAUAUCAGCUCUACAUACAGACUCAUUUAAAUGAAGAAUUUUAAAUUUAGAUAAAUAUUUACGCUGCCACACUACGCUGCCACACUUAUCUGGCUGAUCCAUAUUCCACUCUACGGUCACUCUAGCUUUGAUUUCCAUUCCGAAAGGUUGUUACGCGGACGCGUAAAACUUCGCGAAGCGAGUAAACUCGGAUACAUAGUCGAAGGACGAACUCAAACCGCAAAUAUUCCAAUAUUUCGAGCAUCCUGACGGUUUUAGUGCGUGACAAAAACGUUUGAAGUGACAACUACAUAUUUGUGCAGCCGAACCGAAGCAACAGGAAAAGUGCAUUUCGUGAGCGGAAAGUCGACUCAUUUUUCCGUCAACAAAGCUCAUAGAAAACUGCAACGUUGCGCCCCGUUUGAAAUAGAAAGUCAACUAAGCAUUUAACAAACCUUUUAUAAAGAAAUUUCCUGUGUUAAAAUACUCCCUACAUAAUUUCAUUAUACCGGGAAAACACAAUUUCCAAUCGCGUGCUGCAAGUCGUCAGUGGCCGACACAAAGCUGCCUGCUAUGAAAACGGGCGCACAAUGCUGCUGAAGAAGAAGCGCUAUAUGAACGACGAGCGAGACGGCGCUAUUGACUCGCUCGUCGCCGUCGAGCCAAGCAGCAACAACAACAAAAUGGCCGAUACACGCGAAGUGCGCAUUGAAGAGCAAUUAAAAGUGAAAAUUGGCGAGGCAAAGAAUCUGAGCAGUCGCAAUGCGGCCAACACCAGCUGCAGCACACAGGGCACCCGCGAUGUCUACUGCACAAUUGCCUUGGACCAGGAGGAGAUCUGCCGCACACCCACCAUCGAACGCACGCUGACGCCGUUCUUCGGCGAGGAGCACCAGUUCAAGAUCCCGCGUCGCUUCCGCUACCUUUCCAUCUACCUGUGGGAUAGGGACAUGAAGCAGGACAAGCCCAUUGGCAAGAUAGCGAUCAAGCGGGAGGAGCUGCACAUGUACAAUCACAAGGAUCACUGGUUCUCGCUGAGGCCAGUGGACCAAGACUCCGAGGUCCAGGGCAUGGCCAAUGUGGAGGUGGCAUUUGUGGAGGCCCAGCAGACCCUGUCGCUUUCGGAGAGCAUCGACCUGGGCCUGCCGCACCACGACAACCACCACAGCCACCACAGCCACCAGCAGCGGGCGCAUCUGAAUGAUUACAAGGAGAACAGCGAACUGAGCAACAUCCAGCGUGCGGCAGUGGCUGCGGCCGCUUCAUCAUCGGCGGCCAUGAGGCUAAAGACCCGAGCCGCCGGUCUGUUUGGCCACGUGCAUCCGCCAGCGCAGACACAGCAUAUUGCGACCAUCAAUACCACAUCCACAUCAUCGGAUCAGCUGGCCAAUUGGAAGUCACAUGCGAGACACGUGGGCGUGACAAUCAAAGUGCCCACUUGCGUGGAUCUGGCCAAGAAGCAGGGCACCUGUGAUCCCUUUGUGGUCUGCACCGCCCACUACAGCAACAAGCAGCAGGUGACCAGACGCACCAAGCAGCGCAAGAAGACCGUGGACCCGGAGUUCGAUGAGGCUAUGUACUUUGAUCUCCACAUCGAUGCGGAAGCGGGCAGCACCAACACCACUGGGAGUAAUAAGAGUGCUGGCUCCCUGGAGUCAUCCGCCAACAAGGGCUACGCUAUAUAUCCCCUGGGCGGGGCUGAUCUGGUGGAGAUUGUGGUGAGCAUUUGGCACGAUGCACAUGGGGCCAUGUCCGAUAAGGUGUUCCUCGGCGAAGUGCGACUGCCAAUGCUCAACAAGCAGGAGCAGCAGGCGGUUCCGCCAUCGGCCUGGUAUUAUCUGCAACCCCGCUCCAUGACGCACAGUUGUCGCUCGCUAAAUGCCACCCCCCGCUCGUGUGCCACGCCGCCGGGAACGAGAUUGAGCGUGGACUCGACGAUUGGAUCGCUGCGCUUGAACCUGAACUACACCGCCGAUCAUGUCUUCCCGCUGGCCACGUACGACGAUCUGUUGAACCUGCUCCUGGAGUCGGUGGACCAGCGACCCAUCACCGUGUCGGCCGUGUCGAUCCUGGGCGAGCUGGUCUCAGGCAAGACGGAGGUGGCCCAGCCGCUGGUGCGACUCUUCACGCACACGGAGCGCAUUGCGCCGAUCAUCAAGGCGCUGGCGGACCACGAGAUCUCCCACCUGACGGAUCCCACCACCAUCUUCCGGGGCAACACCCUGGUCUCCAAGAUGAUGGACGAGGCGAUGCGGCUGUCUGGCCUGCACUACCUUCAUCAGACCCUGCGCCCCGUUCUGUCGCAGAUCGUGGCCGAAAAGAAACCGUGUGAGAUCGAUCCCAGCAAGAUAAAGGAUCGCUCUGCGGUGGACACGAAUCUGCACAACCUGCAGGACUAUGUGGAGCGGGUGUUCGAGGCGAUCACUAAGAGUGCCGAUCGCUGUCCCAAGGUGCUGUGCCAGAUCUUCCAUGACCUGCGCGAGUGUGCGGGAAAGCAUUUCCCCAGCAAUCGAGAGGUGCGCUACUCCGUGGUGUCUGGCUUCAUCUUCCUGCGCUUCUUUGCUCCGGCCAUCCUGGGGCCGAAGCUCUUCGAUCUGACCACCGAGCGACUGGAUGCCCAGACGAGUCGCACGCUGACCCUGAUCUCCAAGACGAUCCAAUCGCUGGGUAACUUGGUCAGCUCCCGCUCGUCGCAGCAGACCUGCAAGGAGGAGUUCACCGUCCAGCUGUACAAGAAGUUCUGCACGGAGCAGCACGUGGAUGCGGUGAAGCACUUCCUGGAGGUGAUCUCGACGCCCAGCCAGGCGAGCAGCAGCGUUCAUCCGGCGGCGGCGGCCACGCCACUGGAACCAGUAUUACUUAAAGAGGGCCUGAUGACCAAGUACCCCACAUCCCGGAAGCGCUUCGGCCGGCAGUUCAAGCAGCGCUACUUCCGCCUCACCACCCACACGCUGAGCUACGCCAAGUCGAAGGGCAAACAACCCAUCUGUGAUAUACCGCUCCAGGAGAUCGCCAGCGUGGAGCAGCUGAAGGACAAGAGCUUCAAGAUGCAGAACUGCUUUAAGAUUGUGCACAACGAUCGCUCGCUGAUUGUGCAGACGACGAACUGCGUGGAGGAGCGCGAGUGGUUCGACCUGCUGCACAAGAUCUGUCUGAUGAACUCCAUCCGGAUGCAGUACUUCCAUCCCUCGGCCUUCGUCAGUGGCUUCUACAGCUGUUGCGGCCGCUCGGACGAGAAUUCGCCGGGCUGUAAGAACUUUUCGGACAAGGAGAUGGACUACUUCCAGAUGGAUUUGGUGACUGCCCUGGAUCCACCGCUCGACCUGCAGCGCAUCCACACGCUGAUCAUGUCCAACAUGAGUGUGCUGGAGUCGCUGCUGGAUCCGCUCACCUACCACCAGCACUUGCCGCAGACGCAGCACCAGCAGCACAAUCCCCUGGUCCCGCUGGCCACCGAUCUGCAGAAGCAUUCACCGCAGGCCUUUGCGGAGUUCAAGCGAACGAUCGAGAAGUUGAGGGAGAAGGCGUAUGCCAUUGAUCGCGACCACCGGGACUACAAGCAGGGCAUAACGCGGCAGCUCAAGUAUGGCAGCAGACAGGCUCCGAUUGGCGACGACAACUAUUGGCACAUGAUGCGAGCCGCCGGCCAGCUGAAUCAGCAGCACCACCAGCAGCAGCAGCACCAACAGCAGCAGCAGCAACAGCAACUGCAACUGCAGCAGUUCCAGCCGCAGCCAGUGCUGCCGCAGAUGCAGAAUGUGCGAGCGUAUCCCUAUCAGCCAGCUACGAGCAACAUGAACGCCUACUAUCUGCACAACCUGCAGCAUCAGCAGCAGAGAUUGCAGUUCCAGCAGCAGCAGCAGCAACAACAACAACAACAGCAGCAGCAGCAACAUAACCAGCCGAUGCAGCAGCAACAGUCGAUGUUCCAGCCGCUGCGCAGCCACCAGCUGCAGCGCCACAAUAACAACUUGAACAACAACAACUGCGGCAAUGCCUCGUCCUCCAGUCCAUCGUCGACGACCUCCAGUGUGGUGGCUGCACCGCCCAGCACCACCUCGUCGUCGCAGCCGGCGCCACCGAUUUAUUAGCGUUCAAGGCUGUGCGUAUUCGCCUUGCCGCGGGCCAUCAUCACGACCAGGUGAAGCGGGAUACGCAUCGUAGUGGCAGCUUGGAUACCGAGGAGAAGGAAGCGCCCAACCAGGAGACGCUGCUGUACAAACAGUUUUAUGUGCUUAUUUCUAGGCUCUUUUUUUUUGUAUAAUUUUUAACGAGUUUAACGUUGUAAAGGUCUAGAUUAAGUUUUUUAAUUAACAGAUUUUUAUACACCAGAUUUUAACGGUACCGCCUACACCAGCAACAACAACAACAAGAUGAAAACAAACAAUUAAGAAAGCGAAAUCGAAAUCGAAAUAUUUAUAAGCCUAUUUAUUUUUGUAUGUGCUAACAUUAUUUAUACACGCAAACAAAACACCCAAUAUGAAAGGAGCAUUUCUACCCUUGUGAGCGCAAAGAGGGCAGAGAACCACUGAAAACUGAUUACUUUGUAAGCCUAAACUACUAAAAACUCCAAAAUUGCUAAGAUUUUUUAAAGCCUAGCCUAAGUUGGGUACCAGCGUAAUGAAUGAUGAGUAGCGAAAUGAAACGAUGUAAAUAGCAGAAGCACGCGUACAUAUCCCACUAUAUGUGCAUGUGUAAUAUAAACUACAUUAUACCAGUUAUUUUAGGCGUAGCGAAAAUUUCUAAAAACUAUCUAAGCUAGGCUAACUGUUGCUUAGAGGCGACACAAACAAGAAGCAAAUAAUUCUAACAAAAUGUGAACGCUAUAUACAACAAACAAACAAAAACUGCGAAAAACGAAAAAGCAAAAAAAAACAUACAUCUACAUGUAUAUUUACUUUAUAUAACUGUCAUACAGCUAAUGUUAAACACACGAUACGUAUUCGGCAAACUGUAGAAUACAAACAAAAAGCAUUGUUAAGAACAAAUUUACUUCCAUUUUGCAUAUAUACACAAACACACACACACACACACGCAUACAUACAUUAAACACACGCACACCUAUAUUUAUUAAAUGCAUUUAAUUUCAUGUUAAACUUAAAAAAAAAGAAAAGCGAGUAAAUUGUUAACGCAAACACGAUUUGGUUAGCUUCGACCUUCUUCCACCGAUUUGUUUCCAAAGCUCUUCCAAUAUUAAUUACACGUCUAGAACUUAUGUUAAAUAAUCUUAUUUUUGCCAUAUUUAGUUCAUUGUUCAUUGUUCAUCCAUCGCAUUGAAAGUGUCUUCCUCCGCCGCGUUUAUUCAUAUUGCCUUUUGUUUAUGCAUUCCAAUUAAUUGUGCAUUUCUUAAUUCUAAUAUCUGCAUGAUGUACAUAGAGAUACGACGAAAUGGAGAAACACGACGAGAUGUUGCUAUGAAUUUAAUUUGUUUGCAGUUACCAACUUUAUUCAUUUACAAUUUCAGUUGCAUUUUAAGAGCAUAAUUUUAGUUUACUAUUACGAUGCCUAGCUCCUAAGUUGUUGGUACAAAGAAUCGAAAAUAUACAUUUCUAGAUAUAUUUUCAAGCGAAAAAUAAAGCGUAUCGCCAAUGGA